AUGUCCUAUUCCGCUAUUUCUCAGACGGCUUCCUACCGUAGAAGGAGCGGCAUCGCUUCUUCUAUUUCCUCCGAUGCCUCCUAUCUACCGCCUGAACCGCAACUCCUGGACUUUGAAGCCCCUCCUCUCGCUCUCGACCCUGGAUCUCAAUCCGCGCGGAUGGAGCAUUUGCCAACCGAUCGUGCGAUGUCCAUGGUCAAAUCUAGCGUUCGUUCGGGCACGUCUUAUGAAAUGGUCGGCGAUAGCUCGGAUGAGGAGGGUGAUUUCGGGAGCGGAAGGGAGGCCCGGGGGAACGAUGCUGCGGGGGGUGACGGGAUAACCGAUGGCAGGAGAGAGCGUGCAGAUAUGAAUACGAGGGUAGACGAAGCUUUUAGUGGAAUGGGCAGAGCGGGAAACGUUGGCUCCGGAGUUCACGUGUCGGAUUCCCCUCAUUCGAGGUCUGAUUCGGCACCGCAAGGGGCCAAUCCCUCGGUCAGCCACGGUGACCAUUGGACGGAAUUGGAGAUCGCGGAACAUGAUUUGAGGCUCGAGUUGAAUUUGGAUGGCCGUGCGGAUAUUAAUUCUCAACAAAGGGGGGAUGUCUCAGACCCCCGGACAGCCAGGGAUGCCCACCGCCCCUACCAACACCAUAUCCCAAGGGGAAGCCGUUCCUCCCAUCAAUUGCCCCCUCUACCGGUUUCCACAGGUAUUUUGGAUCCCGACGAUCAAGCCUUUGGCCUCACCACGUCGCCGGAAGACGUUCACCCAGCCUUUCGGCACUCACAGUCGUACCCCGAGCUUCCACCCCCCACGGUAGCCGACCGCGUGAGCGAGCAGCAGGAGCACAGACCCGCGACAUCUGCAACUAAUAUUGGGGACUUAUUCGAGGAUUUUGACGGAGUACAUUUCAAUUUGGAUCACCCAAGUAAUCAGUUUUCGGUAGCACCUCCACCACCACCCCCCCACCGGCACAGACAACGUCAGAGCCAACACUCGAUUCACCCAACCUCAUCACACUCACCCUCCGGUUCUCAAGGUUCAUCGAACCUGGUAUUCUAUCCCGCUCCGGUUCCUGCAAUGCUGAAUCUUCCCCCCACGCUAUCUAAACCUAAACAGACCGCGAAUAAUAGACACUCCCGUCAUAUCCCUGACAAUGUCGACCUCACCAAUAACCGUCGUUCGGUGGUUUAUCCCACAGCAGGAGCAUCAGGUCCCGCUCCGGACAAAGAUGCUCACCGUCGCUCGGUCGCCACCCUGGAUCAAGUUGCCAAUCGCCGUUCAAUAGCUAAUCUCCCACCGGCCUUGAGAGCUUCCCAAUUCUUCGAUACCCAAGCAAUACCUCAGAUUGAAGUAAAGGAGGAUUCCGCAGUUGCUACGCUUGAUAGUAUUCUCGAUGCCUCUGCAAAGGCUCCCCCAGCCGCAUUCACCGAUCACCCGAUUACCGGUGGGGCCGUGCCGUUCGGGCCUAAUAAGAAUAGGUCUUCAAUGCAUCUUAGCGCUGGACCAAAUAACAAUUACCGUAAUAGUGUGGCUAUAACGGUUAAACUGCAUCCUGGAGAGAGCCCUAGGUCUUCUAUGGAGGACGAAACUCACGAAGACGCUCGGAGUCAUCUUAACCCCGAAACUGGCGAAUAUUACGACUCCGGUGAUCCACGUCGGUACUCCGGGAUCUCGGAGGACUUUGUACCGCACCCCGAUCCAGAUCUCGGCAGUGGUCUACCCACAACCCUACUCGCCGAGCUCGAAUCUCGCAAAGCUCAACAGCGGCUUCGAAAUCGAACGGCAGCUAGUGCCUUUCCGGGCGGUAUUCGCAGCACCCUUCUUCAGCUCGACGCCGUGGCGCAAGUACAGAAGGAGGCGAGAUCAAAGAAAAAGACACAUUUGGCAUGGGAGGACCCUGGUGAUGCAGAUGAGGAGGAUGACCAAGAUGCUGAUGUCCCUCUUGGAUUGCUCUAUUCGGUGGCACCCGGUGCACAGAAGCGUCGCGAUGAGGAGGUCCCGCUAGGCCUUCUUAUGAAGAAGGAAAUGGAGGAUGCGGAGCCGCUUAGCAAACGCCGAGAACGUCUCCGAGGACAAAACGGACAAGUAGCGCAGCCCCAGCCGAGAAGAUUCCUUGACGUACCCGGCUUAGGCGGAGGAUCAGAGGCUAGCGCAGCGGACGCAGACGAGGAAGUUGAGGGGGAGACGUUGAAAGAUCGGAUGAAGCGUCUCAAGGAGAGGAAGGAGUUUGGUACAGGUACCCUUGGGAUGGAAUUCGCCAGUCCAAGCGAAGGAAAUGGUUCUACCGCCAAACAAGAACGAGCGCCCCCGGCCGAGGAAGAAACCCUCGCUCAGCGUAGGAGACGCUUAAAGCAACAAGAAGCGACAAAACGCGAGAGUUCGCUCCUACAACAGGAGGUUCGUAAUAGACGGAGCAUGAUGGACCUCCUCCACCGCGCCAACAAUCGCCCGCAAAGCUACUACUCCCAGGCGGGCAGCAACGUGGGAUACUUGCAACCGCAACCGCAUAUGAGUGGGUUGAUGGGCAGCCAGUACAAUAUGCAGAUGGGCCGGGGGGUGCCUAUGCCUAUGCAGAUGCAAGCGCCUAUGCCGAUGAGCAUGGGCGGGACUGGGGAGGUUAUUCUUGAUCCUAAACAGCGGGAAGUGGUGGAGAGGUGGAGGGCCAGUGUUAUGUAAAUUGCGUUCAUUAUCUUUCACCGUUCUUGUUAAUUGGUUCCUUUUUCCUACCUCUAUUUUUUAUAUCAAUUAUUGCUUGGGUGCCAAUGGGUACACCUUUACCUUAGCUUUUGCCCCCUUUUCUCUCUCUCCCCCGCCUGGCAUAACCGGCAAGUUCUUCCAUUGCGGCCGGUCCUUCUUUAGGUGCGGUGCAUAGCGCGGGUGCAGUUUCUUAUGUAAAUUCAUCAAUUACUAUCACUGGAUCAAGUGAAAUGCAUGAAAAUCAUGGGUUCCUCUCAUGAAGGGGACAGG